AUGUCGCCCUUCAGUCUUGUCGUCGACGUGGCCCGCAAGGCCGCGGCCAUCCCAGGCGAUGGAAAUACACCCGUUGCCUUCACCCAUACCUCUGACAUUGCCGAGUAUGUCGCGACACUCCUAGAUGCGAAGGAGUGGGACAUCGAAUCGACCAUCGUUGGCGCCAAAUUCAACGUGAAGUACGAUACCCUUGAUGAUCUCAACAACGGCAAGGUCACCGAGCUGCCGGGCCAGGUUCCCGCGUACCAAUUUGUUCCGAAGGAGGUUUUCCAGGGAUUCUGCAUCACCUUUGGUCAGUGGUUCGCCUCUGGUGCUUUUGACCUGACUCCCUCAAAGGCCCUGCCUGGCAUUAGACCCCUGACAGUCAAGGAGGCUCUGGAAUACAAGUGA